AUGUUUUUAUUUACUAUAGAUUUUCUUAAAAAUGGUGUAAUCUUAACUCCACUCUUUUUUAUCAUUUACAUAGUGGUAAAACGAAGAUUAAAGAUUGCAUCAGAAAUUGUGAUAAAUCCCAAACUAGAGGAUACCUGCAUACCUGAAGUAAUAUACUUUGAAAGUAUGUCUAUUGAGGAUAAGCUAAAAAAACUAGUCAACGAACUUCGUAAAAUUGAAAGAUGUAUAACAACGCCUGAAAAAAUGUUGAACGUUUCAUAUAAAUGUUUGAACGAGAUCCAACUACUAAAAAUCAGAAUCUGUAAAACGUAUCAGAUUGAACAGGUCGAACUUAAUAACGCGAUAUCGUGGCUAGAAAAAUCUACGACCAGUCGUGGUAAGUAUAAGCCGGUAGCUCGCGACGACGAAAAAAUCGAGAGUCACGAUAUAAAUACCAUGGAGAGAGUAAUCAAACGAUUAAUUACGAAAAAAACGUCGGACGACGUAUUGAGAGCCUCCACGGAAAAUUCGGAGGACAUCGUGGAAAACGUUGCAGAAGUCGACGACAGUAAAAUGGAUGAAACCGACGGCGAGAGCGAUAACGUUACGUCUCGGAUCCCCGCGGAAGCAAUCGAAACGGAAACGAUCAAAAUUCCGGGAGUAAAUUUAGAGAAAAUAUUAGAGGUUAGGCAGACGUUCGAUCGGUUAUUGCCUGUCGCGCAAACGUGGUCCCUGAAACUGUUUGACGACAUGUUGGAGACGGUCAAAAUGGUGUACGUGACGUUUAUGGUCAUUCGUCGUUCGAUAUUCAGCCAAGACAGUUGGAAAAACACAAUAAACCCAGCCUUAUCCAAACUGUCGAAGAAAUUGAUUUUAAUCCAGACCAGAGUCGACGACAACGACGGCGUAACGUCCAUAGAUUUAUCGUUGUUUCCGACCGUUCUGAGUUCAUCCUCGCCACCAGUGAGCGAAGGCCCGACGGGAUAUUUUGCCAGGUUCACUGCGGCUGUAAAACAGAUGGCAGUGCGAUUGCUUGGCAUUCGAGCUUAA